AUGAAGCCAUCGCCGGUUUUGAUCGUUUUGUUUGCUUACCUGGCUCUCACAGGAGCUGCAAAAACGGAAAAGAUGAUUGCUUAUUUGACUAACGUCGAUGUUACGAGCAAUCCGAUGUACUUAAAUUCCACUGUAACGCUUAAGCGGUACAAUGUCGCUCCCUACUCAGCGUUCAAUAUGUCGAUUACAUCGCUGCUGAAGAUUUACACAAUGACGCUUCAGUCCACCUUCUACAUUAGGUCAGGCAUGAUAGAGAAUAUGCUCUACGACAGCAAGAUUGAUCUGUGCACGUUUCUCGUGCGCCCUAACGAGCGUUUGGUGAAGAUGGUCUUCGAUAACCUGAAGCGUCACGGAGAGAUGCCAAAGAGAUGCCCAGUGGCACCAACAACCCUAACGUACACCAACAUCACGCUGAACCACCUAACCUUGCCGAUGUAUCUGCCAGAAACGAGCUUUAAGCUGAUGGUAAAAUGUUGGCAAGGACCUCAAAAAACUUUGAUAUUUGACAGUCGUUGGGACGGUCGGUUGAAAAAAAUGACCGUUAAGAAUUAA